UUCACGGCGGCAUUUCUCUUUACGCAUUUGUGUGCUAAAUUAUUUUUGGAAGAAAUGCUAAAUUCUUAAAUAUAUUCGUGUAAAAUUAUUGUUUUAAUUGUAACGCUGACAAUAUGUUACUAAACGAGUCCAUAAAAGCAUCAAAUAUCUCACAAUUUCAACAAAAUGAUGGCUCUAUGCAAAACAUUAGUGCAACAAACACGAUUGGCGUCAUCACAGCCAGCACGGUUUCUGCUGGUUCAUCCUCCGCGACAACAGCAGCUGGAACACCUUUAAGAUCACGCAAUUACAACAGGGAUCGCCAGCAGUCCGAUGAUAAACAGGAUACAACAAAUAUUAAGGGUAAAAAUCCCCCAAAACCAAUGGAGGAAUUUUACAAAGAUCUACAACAAUUUCAUGAGAAAAGAGGCACUCCCAUCAUGCAUAUGCCGAAAAUAACAGGACGUCAGGUUGAUCUUCAUCGUUUAUAUUGUGAGGUCACAGAGAGAGGGGGCUUUCAAAAGGUCAAUAUGCGUGACGAAUGGGAAGAAAUUUUACCCGAACUGGGUUUAAAAGAGAAAAUUGUCAAUGGUUCGGCUGCUCUCAAAUAUAUUUAUCGUCGUGUUUUGGAAAAAUAUGAAUGUUUAAAUUAUUUCGGCGAAGAUCCCGAUAAAGUAGACGCUCUAGCGGCGGCUGAAAUUAAUGAAUUCAAUAUGGGUGGUGGACGAGGUAGAGGUUCACGUCAUCCCACCUCUUACAGCAGCUCUAAUCCAACCAUUAUAUCAAAUGUGGCCAUGUCAUACAACUAUCGGCAGCAUCAUGUUAAUAUGGAAAGAAGGAGGCAAUUUAAACUAUCCACAGAUCUGCAUAAACCCUCUCCAUAUGAGAAGUUAAUGUUGUCAUUGCUCUCCCCACUACCAAACGAACAAGACUUUGCCAUCAAUGCAUGUACGCUCAUGGCCAAUGAGAGUAGACAUACCUUGAAACUGAACGAAUACCCAAAGUUAUUGGAUGCCUUGUUGGCUCAUACUGGUGUAUUUUCUGAUUACACCAUGCGUAAGCUAUUCCAGCACAUCUAUAGUGGUGUUAGGCAUCAUUCUUUGUAUGGAUUUUGGUAUGAUUUGUUAAAUGAAAAACCACAAAUUUUGGACCUGUACACGGAUGAGCAGUCAUUACGCGAAGCAGCUUUAGUGGAUGACUACGAUGAUGGAAAACCGGAAAUGGAGGGCAUAUGGCAGGAUUGUAAAGAAUUGGAUUUUUUAAAUUUACGCACUGGUUUGGGCACCCAGGACUAUGUUGGCCAGCGGGUAAUACAGGUAGUGUCCAUACUACGUAAUCUGAGUUUCCAAGAGGAGAACUUGGGGGUUUUAGUAAAAAAUAAGACAUUUCUACGUUUCCUGGUGAUGAGUUCGAACAUACGCUGGGGCAAUGUUCAUAUACAGGCUCUGGAGAUUGCGGGCAAUGUUGCAGGAGAAUUAGAAAUCUUAGAUCCUACGGUAGACGACUUGUCACGUUGCCUAAUGGCCACUCUAUGUGAUGGCAUUGAGGGUCCUGAUCGUGGUGUCAUUAUCAAUUGCUUAGAGAUUUUGUACAAACUGUGUCAGAAGGAUUCAAAUGAGGACUAUGUUCUGAAGUGUUUAAAUAACAAUUUCUAUAAUGCUAUUACCUUGUUUUUGUCUCUUAACGAUAUAAUGCUUUUGUUGUUUACCCUGGAAGCCAUUUAUGCGCUUACUUGUUUGGGUCCCAAAAGUUGCCACUCUAUGAUGCAGGUAAAGGGCAUUGUGGAUCAAUUGAUUUCACUGAUUACUGUAGAGGCCCAAGCUUAUGGUCCGGAUGGUUGUAUAUUGAUGCGUGUUGUUGAGACCGUGCCGGGCAAUAUGCUGCCCAUGGUGGCACAAAAUAUAGCCAACUUGCAAAAUGUGGCCAAUAUACAAAAACAAACCACCACAAUAAGCAGCCACAAUCAAAUUAAACCACAGAUUCUGACACCCAAUCCAAUGCCAGCACCUGACAUAACCGACUCUAUAGCUGAACACACACCACAACCACAACAACAGCAGCUGCAUCAGCCUCAACAACAGUUACAAAUGCCUCAAAACUUUACACACGAUGAUGAACAAUACGCAUUGGCCUGGCUGGGAGCCACAUUCGAACGCACCUCUAGUGUGGAGAGUCACGUUGAGACGCAGGAAUUGUAUCGCAUGUAUUUGUCACACUGUCAAAAGUCUGGCAAGCAUUCGGUAGUUAAUCAUUUGCAUUUUCCCAAAUUGGUACGUCUCAUUUUCACCACUACCGUUGGCCCGGCUACGGUAAGAAAACCAGAUGGUACAGAUUUGCCUGGAUUACACUAUGUUUCCAUAAGAAUCAGAGCUCAACCACUGCCUUUACAAAAAUCAAUUAUAUCGGUAGGUGCUGGUCAAAGCUCACCCUCGGCCAAGCAAUCCGAAAUUCCAGGCUCCGCUAGAAAAACUAAGAAAAAAUUAAAGCAGCAAGUGGAAACGCCGGUACCCACCACAACAACACCUCCUGUUAUUGUUGCUACUACGGUAGCUCCUCAAACAUCCACAAAUUCAGUUGCUGGCACCUCUGCUACGAUAGAUAACCCAACUUCUGCCACAAGCGCAGCUGAAGCGGUUAAACAAGAAGUAAAUCCUGUUAACCCACCAAUAACACAAACGUUAGUACAAUCAGUGACUGAAACGCGUUCUCCAACUCCCCAGCAAAUUGAUAUCAAAAGCGAAGAAAAAAUGGAUAUUGAUGAAAAAGACAAUGUGACUGCUAAAUUAGAAAACCAAACACAGCCAACCAUGCCAACACCGGAGCCAGAACCCAUGCAGAUAACCGAUUCAACUUCAGUGAUCCAGCCAGCAAUGGCACAAAAUCCCUCAUCUUCUUUAAUAAAAAGUAUGCUGGCCAACAAAGUAAACCAAAGGCAACUGAAACAAAAGGACAAUACUGCAACUUCUAAUCCUACAACAACUACUGCUGCUGUACCCACUACUCCAACACAACCCAUUAAAGUGGCCAGUACAGCCAUCACUGCUUUGGUUAACAAUCCCCUAAUGCAACACACACCGGUAAAAGUAGGACAAACUACCAUAAAACCUUUAAAUCAUCAUCCUCCCACUUUAGACAAAAAACCACAAAUAUCCGAAUCUACACCACCACCUUUAGCUCCCCUAAGUGGGGCCAAUGUUGCCAAGGAUGCCUGUGGCAGACCCAUAAUUUUAGCCAACCAAAUGUUGGUAGAUAUUUUGGAUAAGAAAAUGGUUGAUCCACCUAUACCGGGCAGCAUAAUUCAGAAACGUAAAAUAGACGACCAUUCGGGAAACAAUAAACGUUUGGCUUUAGAAACCACCUCAGCAGCAGCACCAUCAGCCAAAGAGGAGGUCCAAGUAACGCCUUCUAAGAAUGCCGCCAACUUAUAUGCUGAAAUGGCUGCUUCCAUAUUGGAGGAUGAAGAUCUUGAAGAGUUCUCCACUCAAUCACAACAGCAACAGCCGCCUCAACCACAAUUGGAACAACAACAACAAAUGCAGCAAACGUCUCUUAUAAUGCCAGCCAAGGUACAACAGCAGCAGACAACGUCAGCACCCCUACAGGGUGUUCAAAGACAAUUAAUGUUUCAAUCGAAUCAGCAACAACUGAAACUAACGCAACCCGUAGCAACCUCCAACCAGCAGAUGCCCAAUGCGAUGGCAACUAUUAAAACAGACCAAGGCCUACAAACCGUUCCAGUAAUACUGCAACAGAAGCCCAUGGAAAUGCAACAGCAGAGUCAAACUCAAAUGAUACAACAAAUGAUGCAACCAGCGCAACAACAGCAACAGCAGACUUACGUUUUAGCUACAAAUCAACAAGGGCAAACUUAUUUAGUGGCCCAACAGACCCAGUCACAUCCUCCUCCUCCGCCACCACAACCCACGCAAACAGUGCUGGUAACUCAAACUCCGCAACAGCAGUCGACAGGGCAAAAAACCAUAAUUAUAUUGCAACAACAACCCAUGCAGGGACAACAGCAGCAGAUAAUUACCACUGGCCCUCCAGGUCAAGGACAAAAAAUGAUAAUGACCACUUCUCAGGGUCAGCAAGUGCUGGUUACACAAAGACCUCAAACGCCUCAGCAAAUUUUCAUCAAUCCCCAAACAGGCGCCGCCACGCACAUACAACAUAUGCCCAUGCAAACCCAAACCAGACAAAUUAUACAAACAUCUAACCAGCAGCAGCAAACACAACAAAUCCAAGCAGGACAAAUAUCUCCUUCCCUGCUCAAUCAACUCAAUCAAAUUCCAGCCACCAUAAAACUACACCAGCCAAUAGCGCAGCAUUCGACGCCACCUCAACAACCACAACCAGCUACUAUUACACGCAUGGCAAAAACCGUUUCCUUAGUACAAUCCACCAAUACACCUACCGCACCGGUGGCUAUACCUCAGCUGCAACAACAUCAAUCCAUCAUACAACAGCACAUAAUAUCGGGACCAUCAGAAAAGCGCCAUGUCAUACUAAGUGGUGGCGCUGGUGCCGGAGGUGUGGGUAUGCGUGCUAUUGAAAUAAAAGAAACGGUUAUCACCCAGGCCCAGCAACCGCCACAACAGCAGCAACUGAACUCGCAGACAAUUAUAACACAACAACCACCACCGCAGGGAUCAGCUUCCGCCACAACAACACCACCCCUUCUACAACAACAGGUACAACAACAAAUAAGAACUGUUAUUGAACAACAGCAACAUCCUUCUAUAAUACAACAAAAAAUAUCCUCGUUGCCAGUUGUGCAUCAACAACAACAACAGCAGCAGCCACAGACGUCGUCGUCUUCGGCGGCACUGCAACAGCAACCAAUUAAAACACAAAAUCAAGUUAUGGUACAGUCAAAUAUUGCUGCCUCAAAACACAAAACACCACUACCACAGCAACAACAACAACAGCAAACACCAACACUUAUAGCGGCAAAGCUACCGGAUCCCACACCAUCUUUGAUACAACCCAAAAAUAUAAAUCAAUCUCAAAGCUUGGUACAUACUGCCGCUCCUUCAAUUCCAGUAACAACUCAAACUCCCGGGUUGGGAAAUGUUAAAAAACCUGUAUCACUGAUAAAACCAUCGUUACCAACAGUGAAAUUGCCGCCAAUCGUUAAUUCCAUAGGACCACCACCACUGGCAGCGGUAAAUGCAACUACAGCAGCUAAUAAUGCGACAGCUCCAACAAAUACUGAGGCAAACAAAAAAGAAGAAAUUGCCAAAAGUCAACAAACAGUAGCUCAAGCUAACAUGCAGGCAACAUCUACGGCUAAGGCACUUCCCACACAAACUGCACAAACCUCUAUAACAUCUGCCACAUCUACCACUUCAACCACAUCUAGUAAUAUGGCUGCCAUACCACAACCCCAAAACACUCCGAAUCCACCACAAUUGCCCACGCAACCACAACCCCAACAAGCGAAUGCAAACCUUCCCCUGCCACCCCAACAACAACAACCACCACCCCAACAGCUCUCCACUCUCGAUGCCCAAUGGUUGUACAUAUGCGAUUGGCGCAAUUGUCCACGUAAAAAAUUCAAAUCAGUGGGUGAUUUACAGCAUCACGUUUGUACAUCACAUGCUCCAGAUCAUUUGGAUCCAGCGGCCGACAUCUUUUGUCAAUGGGGAGUUGGUCCUGGCCUCUGCGAUGGUGUACCACGUAAACGCUUCUCACUAAUGACCCAUCUAAUCGAUCAUCAUUUAACACUGGACAGUUUAAGAACGGCUGUGCAACGUAGAAUUGCUACCGGCAUGUAUAAUAUUGCACCUGCUAUACCGCCCGUAACUAUAGUUCGCAACCUUGAGCUUUCACAAAGAGCUAACAAUGCCUCUCCGUCUCCGUCAACCUCAUCAUCGUCCAGUUCUCAAACCCAAUCGGCCACCGGCCUAUCAGCUUUACAGGCCAUCAAACGUCAUACAACUGAUUUAAUGAAUUCCAAAGAACUCAUGGAUGAGAAUGAGGGACCCGUAACAAAGAGUAUACGUUUGACUGCCUCACUGAUUCUACGUAAUUUAGUUAUGUACACCUCUACAGCAAAGCGUAGCAUACGUCGCCAUGAACCACAUCUGGCAAAUAUUGCUUUAAGUAAUGUUGAAUCAAGUGCCACUAUAUCUCAUAUACUCUACGAAAUGAAUGGUUGAAUCAUAUUGGAAUGAUAUAAAUUUAUAAAUAUCGGCUUUCUUUUUUAUUUAAUGUGUCUUCUUUAAGUUUAAAAAAUGAGUUUUUAAGUUUGAAUUGCAUAAACAAUUAUAUUAUCUUCUAUAUUUUCUAUAAAAUUUCAUUUCCAUUCGAAAUGUUUUCUAAUAUAUUUAAUCCACUUUUUGAUUUUACAAUAAAAACUCGAUUUAUAAAAUCAA